CAAUGAUACUUGGUAAUUCAAUAAGGGAAUAAACGACGUCAAGAGCAAUGACUCUAGAAGCUUUAUCAUCAAAUGGUCUCUUAAACUUUUUGCUCUCCGAAACUCUUUCACCAACUCCAUUCAAGUCUCUCGUUGACCUCGAGCCACUGCCGGGAAAUGAUGUCAUCAUAUCCAAGAACACAAUUAUGGAUGAGAUAUCUCAUCAAGAACCUCCACCACCGCGACCACCACCGGCCACGAAUCGAGGGAAGAAGCGGAGGAGGAGGAAACCUAGGGUUUGCAAAAACGAAGAAGAAGCUGAGAACCAACGAAUGACUCACAUUGCCGUCGAGAGAAAUAGGAGAAGACAAAUGAAUCAACAUCUCUCUGUCUUACGAUCUCUCAUGCCUCAACCUUUUGCUCACAAGGGUGAUCAAGCUUCAAUAGUAGGUGGAGCCAUAGAUUUCAUCAAAGAACUCGAACACAAAUUACUAUCUCUUGAAGCUCAAAAGCUUCAUAAUGCUAAACUAAACCAGUCGGUUACUACUUCAACAAGUCAAGACUCAAACGGCGAACCGGAGAAUCCUCAUCAACAGUCUCCGCUGUCGAUAUCACAGUUCUUUCUUCACUCUUACGAUCCGAGCCAAGAGAGUAGGAACGGCUCAACAAGCUCGGUGAAAACCGCUUUGGAAGAUCUCGAGGUGACUCUAAUCGAAACUCAUGCUAACAUCAGAAUCUUGUCGAGGAGGAGAGGUUUCCGGUGGAGCACGAUGGCCACUGCUAGGCCACCGCAGCUUUCGAGGCUGGUGGCUGCUCUACAAUCGCUUUCACUCUCGGUUCUUCACCUUAGCGUCACAACAAUGGACACUUACGCUAUUUACUCCAUCAGCGCUAAGGUGGAAGAGAGUUGCCAGCUAAGUUCAGUAGAUGACAUUGCAGGAGCAGUUCACCACAUGCUAAGUAUCAUUGAAGAGGAGCCUAUUUGUUGCUCAUCAAUGUCAGAACUACCCUUUGAUUUCUCUUUGAAUCACACAAAUGCCACUCAUUCUCUCUGAGAAAUCUUUUUUUUUUGUUCCUUUUUUUAACAUUUAGUUUUAUUUUUUACAUCUUUUUGUGUUCAGAAUAAAGAAAACUCACUUCUUUCUUUUUAAUUUCCUAGGUUCUUUUCUGACUCUUGUAAAGGCUAAAUGUGAAUUAUGUGGAUUAUAGUGGCCCUUAAUAUGUUCGUUGUUUGACUCUUCUUUUCAUGCAUUUCUGAUAGUAAGUUAUAAAUUAGUACA